CGAAAGAAACAAACCUCCUGGUUUAGUAGUUCGCGGGACACCCGGAAUCGUAAUUCGCGAAGUUAUAAACUGCAAAACCCCACUUCUUUGGCCCUUCUUCCUGAAUCGAAAUGGCUCUGUUUUUCAGAAGACUUGCAAGAGCAGCUGCUCCUCUUUCAUUCACCAAUGCAUUUCGAGAACAAUCCAAGUCGAAUUUCAACAGUCGUUUACAUCUGGGAGGAGCAAUCGCUGCCAUUUCUGGUGGAAUUACAUUCUACUACCACCUCUCUUCUCCCAAUAUGGUUCAUUUAGAUCAACAAAGUGAAGAAGUGGGCAGAAAAGUUGCCCUCAACCCCGAAAAGUGGAUCGAGUUUGAGCUACAAGACACUGCAAGGGUCAGCCACAACACAAAGUUAUUCAGGUUCUCCUUUGAUCCUUCUGCAAAGUUGGGCCUUGAUAUUGCUUCGUGUCUUCUUACAAGGGCCCCGUUAGGAAAUGAUGCUGAAGGAAAAACGAAAUAUGUCAUUCGCCCGUACACUCCUAUAUCAGAUCCUGAUUCUAAAGGAUAUUUUGAUUUAUUGAUUAAGGUUUAUCCAGAUGGAAAAAUGAGUCAAUAUCUGGCAAGUUUGAAACCAGGCGAUGUAGUAGAAGUAAAAGGGCCAAUUGAGAAGCUCAGAUAUAGCCCCAAUAUGAAAAAGAACAUUGGCAUGAUUGCUGGUGGCACAGGUAUCACACCAAUGCUGCAGAUUAUCGAAGCUAUUCUGAAGAACCCAGAUGAUGUCACUCAGGUAUCCUUGCUUUAUGCUAACAUAUCCCCAGAUGACAUUCUACUAAAAGAGAAGCUUGACAUGCUUGCAGCUAGCCAUCCAAAUCUGAAGAUAUUUUACACCGUCGACAAUCCCUCAAAGAAUUGGAGAGGGGGUAAGGGGUUCAUAUCAAAGGACAUGAUGUUGAAAGGCUUGCCACGUCCUAGUGAAGACACACUUAUACUCGUAUGUGGGCCCCCAGGAAUGAUGAAACACAUCUCAGGUGACAAGGCAAAAGAUCGGACCCAAGGCGAGCUAACAGGGCUACUCAAGCAACUCGAAUACACAGAGGAUAUGGUAUAUAAAUUUUGACGUCAACAACGACUGUUUGAGAUGCACGGUUGCUGAGGCUUCUUUUUUUUCCAGUUAUUUGUACGCUGUUUUAUGUUGCGAAACCGAAGAAUUACUGCAACGUGAUUUUCAUGUUUUCAGUGAACAGAAACUAAAGUUCCUCAAUCAAAUAAAACGGAAAUGUAUUCCAGUCAAAA